AUGCAGCAGAUUGGCGAGCGAAGGUUUUCUUCAACCAGUUUAGAGGUUGCUUUAUCUUUUUCUUUUUCUGCAGCACCUUGCCUAACAAUGAAAAUACGCCAAACUCAGAACCAAGAAAUUUGUGAGAGCAUAUUACUGAGUGACAAUCGUACAAACUCUGCAGACCUCCCUCUGCUGUCACUUAUAUCAAUCGAGCUAGCCAUGAAACAAGUUGACAAGAACUAUCAAGCUUUCUGUCAAUUUCAUGACAACACUACUGAUCCGGGAUUGAAGAUUUCUUUUGAAAAUUGUGUAAGAAUUUACCAAAAUAUGAAAGACAUUAUCCGAAAAGAUUACAAGCUGUCACAACAGAAACAGUAUAAGAGCAUUUGUGAUUUGGGAAAGUUGACAACAUUGGCUUACGAUUGCGAGAAUGGCCUCCCUUCAAACUCACCAACUGCUGCUAUCACUGAAGAUAUGCUCCUUCAUGCACAAACUGUAGCCUAUACCAACUCAUUUGUUGCCGGCUCUUAG